GGAGAGGAGGGCAUUCUUGCUUUUUUUCGUCUCCGAUUGGUCCUAUCUCGUGUCAGAUUUCUCGUCAUUCAGGCCAGCUAACUGAGAACAAGCGACGGCCUUCUCUAAUCUUUCAUUGAAAAAAGACGAAAGCGAGACGAAAACACAAAUAGAUUGACACCGCCAAAAUGAUCCACAGCCUGUUCCUCGUGAACUCCUCGGGGGACAUUUUCCUGGAGAAGCACUGGAAGAGCGUUGUGAGCCGCUCCGUGUGCGACUACUUUUUCGAGGCGCAAGAGCGCGCCAGCGAGCCGGAGAACGUGCCCCCAGUCAUCCCGACCCCACACCACUGCCUAAUCAGUGUGCUAAGGCACCGCAUUUACUUUGUGGCAGUUAUUCAGAGCGAGGUGCCGCCACUCUUUGUCAUUGAGUUCUUACACAGGGUGGUUGAUACAUUCCAGGACUACUUUGGGGUGUGCACGGAGGCAGCGAUCAAGGACAAUGUGGUGGUAGUAUAUGAGCUACUAGAGGAGAUGCUGGACAAUGGAUUCCCCCUGGCCACAGAGUCCAAUAUCCUCAAAGAGCUCAUCAAGCCGCCCACCAUCCUGCGAACAGUGGUCAACACCAUCACAGGCAGUACCAAUGUAGGGGAGCAGCUCCCUACUGGCCAGUUGUCCGUGGUGCCAUGGCGACGCACUGGAGUGAAGUACACAAACAACGAGGCCUACUUUGAUGUAGUGGAGGAGAUUGAUGCCAUAAUCGAUAAAUCAGGCUCCACUAUCACAGCAGAGAUCCAGGGGGUGAUUGAUGCCUGUGUGAAAUUAACAGGCAUGCCUGACCUCACUCUCUCGUUCAUGAACCCUCGUCUGCUGGAUGAUGUGAGCUUCCACCCGUGUGUGAGGUUCAAGCGCUGGGAAGCGGAGAGGAUCCUCUCCUUCAUCCCCCCAGAUGGAAACUUCCGGCUGCUCUCCUACCACGUCAGCUCCCAGAAUCUGGUGGCCAUCCCAGUGUACGUCAAGCACAACAUCACGUUCAGGGAGGGUAGUUCUCAGGGCCGCUUUGAGCUGACCCUGGGCCCCAAGCAGACCAUGGGGAAGGGAGUAGAGGCUGUUCUGGUCAGCAGCCAGCUGCCCCGCGGAGUUCUCAACACCAACCUCAACCCCACCCAGGGGACAUACACCUUCGACCCUGUCACUAAGCUCCUGUCGUGGGACGUGGGUAAGAUCAACCCUCAGAAACUGCCGAGUCUAAAAGGCUCUAUGAGCCUGCAGGCAGGGGCCUCCAAGCCAGACGAGAACCCGACCAUCAACAUCCAGUUCAAGAUCCAACAGUCGGCCCUCUCUGGACUGAAGGUGAAUCGGUUGGAUAUGUACGGGGAGAAGUACAAGCCAUUCAAAGGCAUCAAGUACAUGACCAAAGCUGGCAAAUUCCAGGUCCGGACAUAGAGGCUUGACUCGUCACUCUCUGGCCUCUGCACCACUACUGUACAACAGAUAGGACCCACAAAAUCCUGUUUUUAAUGGAGUUGUUUGCACUGUCUAAUGUGUUAGUUAUGAGGUCACCAGUCUCAGCGUAGCUACGGCUUUUGUAGCAGGCCUAAAAUUGGUAUCUCUGUUGUCAUUUCUGGUUCUCUUUCCAAGCUCUUUGCUAUCCUUUUGAGUUCCUCUUGUGUGUGAGAAUGGCAGGCAAAACGGUUUAUGUGCUUCCCUCAGAUGUGUCACUACAGUCUACUGCUAGUACCCUUUUUCUCGUGCUUCAAUCAAUUCCUUAUCAUCAACAUUGCCCAGAGUUUCUUCUGGUCAGGUUACAUGGCCAGGAAACAGUCCUGGUGCUACUUCUAUUACAUUCCUAUGUUAUUCCUCGGUCCCCUUGGUAUUUUCUACCCUCACUUAUUCCGAAACUCCCUGUUUCCUGCAUUUUUCUUCUCAGUCCUCCGAACCAUGUUUAUGGAUUUGUCUGUUUGCCUGUCCGUCAUCAACACUGAAGUCAACACAUUAGAGUUUGAGAAUGUGACAUGAAAUCCCUUCCCCUGAAUGCUGCACAACCAUAUUCAUUGUUUUAUCAUCGGUUAAUACUGUAUGUGUAACCAUGUCCUUCCAUAUCAAAUCUAACGGUUGUAUUAUGCGGGUGAUAUGUUACUGCUUUUUUUUCUCUUUAUAUCAUGUCAGGUGUCAUGUUGAGCACUUUGCUGUGGCCUACCUGAGGUUUUGUCCACCUUAAUCACUCUUGAUGACCUUUUUUUAAAAAUGAUUAUUUAUUGACCAAUGAUUGGUCAGGGACUGAAUCCUGAUCCAAACACAAGCCUAUACUGUAUUAUACUAUUAUACUAUACUAUUAUAUAAUGCAGCACAGAUUUAUCUUUAUUACUCUAUACUGACUGACAUACUACAGUUUGAUAACGAUGGGUUGCCCUGUCAAGAAUGUUAAAAGGUUUGUGUUUGCAGCUUUUGUUUGUGUGUCUGUCAAAUGAAUUCAAACUUGAGUUUUACAAUGGUAUGAUAUUAAAGAUUUAAGAAUUGA